AUGUGUUUGAAAUUAGUUUUUCUAAAAUCAACAAAUCUGUUCAUAUUGCAGGCGUUAGACGCGGAUUUCAAUUUCUUGGAUCUAAGGCUUACUGAAUUGAAUGUACACUCCAAUUCUAAAGAACAAACUUUAUUCAUUAACAAAAACGUUUAUAUGUUAUGCAAAAUUACACCAAAAAUCUUAUAUUUGAAUGCCAAUAGACAAGCUAUGUUUUAUUUCUCCGUUAUCAAAUUUUGA